AUGGUUGAACCACCGUGUAAGAUCAAAUUGCUGAUAUGUGGAGGAGGCAAUGGCGCUCACACCUUAACUGGAUUAGCUUCGUCGCGAGCAAAUGUUGAAGUGAAUGUCAUGUCAUUGUUUGCCGACGAAGCAGAAAGAUGGAGAAAGACGCUUGGUAACGAUGAUUUCACGGUCCAUUUUACUGAAAAGGACGGCAGUGUAACUCCGAUCAAAUCUAAACCGAAGAUAAUCACAAAUGAUCCUGCUCAAGCCGUACCCGGUUGCAAUCUUAUUAUAUUUACAGUUCCAGCAUUUGCCCACGAAGGUUAUUUCAAAGCUUUGGCUCCUUACAUCGAGGAGAAUGCCGUGGUUGUAGGCUUGCCAAGCCAACCGGGAUUCCAGUUUCAAUGUGUAGACCUGUUGGGAGAACGAGGCAAAAAAUGCGCCAUCGUAUCAUUCGAGUCUUUACCAUGGGCCUGUCGUAUUAUGACAUUUGCUCGAGAAGUGAAGGUCCUCGGAGCUAAGGACACAUUGUCUGCAGCUAUUAUCAUGAGAAAAUGUAAGCCUCAAUUUGAAAUCCUCCCUACGAUUCAAUAUCUCUUGGGUCCCGAACCAAAUUUGACACAAGCUAACAACUAUCUGGCCAUAAACCUUCUAGCAGAUGCAAAUGUCCACCCUCCUAUUAUGUACGGAACAUGGAAAGAUUGGGAUAACAAACCAAUGGCUGAGAAACCGCUUUUCUAUCAGGGACUGAAUGAAUUUUGUGCUGAUUUAUUGUCCAAAGUAAGUUACGAAUUGAUGGAAACUGCCAAGGCUAUUGAGAAGGAAUGCCCAGUAUUUGAUAUGAAGGAUGUUAUUCAUUUACAUGAUUGGUAUAAACUGAAUUAUAAAGAAAGUAUCAGUGAUGAUAGUACCCUACUGUCUUGCAUGAAAUCGAAUAAGGCUUAUGAUGGCCUUGUUCAUCCAAUGAAGGAAACAGAUGAUGGCAAAUUCGUGCCUGACUUUAAAUACCGUUACAUGGCCGAAGACAUGCCGUUCGGUUUCAUAGUGUUUCGUGGAAUAGCCCAGUUGGCUGGAGUCAAAACGCCAGCCAUGGACGAAACGAUUUAUUGGUGCCAGAAAAUAAUGGGUAAAGAAUUUCUAGUGGACGGAGAACUGAAUGGUAAAGAUAUGAACAUUACCAGAGCGCCCCAAAGAUAUAAUUUCAAAUGCAUUCGUGAUUUGGUCGAUCUGCAAUAG